UAUUCCCCGCCGCCCCCCGGCGGUAUACCCUCACGAUCUGAGCCGCUACGAAAUCAGCCAAUGCAACACCGCCACGCUUCCCCUCCCCGCCCUCGGAGCCCCGCGUCCGCCGCGCCGCUGCUGGUAUAAUAGCCCCCUCGCCGCGCAACCGCACGAGCUCGCCCGAGCAAACCACCGCCGCUGCCCGCCGUUACCCUCGCCGCUCGCUCCCCUCUGCAAAGCCCAUAGACAAGUUGAUCUCAUGAGUUCAGGAAGAACAGUAGCAUCCAAAGUUUCCUGUUCAGCGGGAAACAGUGGCAGCUUCCCUCCCUGCCUCCUUCCAGGGUUUCUAGGGUUCCCAGUUGUUUUCGUAAACUUCCACUUGUUCAAGGCCAUUGUUCGCAGCCCUGCAUCUUCCGUUGUCUUGGGAAUCUGUGGAGGGAGCCUCCCUUAGACAGUUGCCCUAUAAGGCAUCAUUCUGGUUAAUCUGGGAAUUCGUUGUAGGGAGCUGCCCUAGCUAAAUCGUGGCCCAAGACUUCUUAGGUCACGAAACUGCUGAAUCUGAUAAGCUCUAGAAGAUGGUUUCUUCUGAGAUAACCUCUGUUACAGCAGCUCGUGCACAGGGCCCCAAGCUCUUCAGAGGGAAGAUACUUCUGCCAGGGGGGCCACCAGUUGUUGUUCCUUCUGAAAAUGUCGAGUUUGAUUUUUCUGAUGUUUUCGGACCUACUGCGGUCCAUACUCCUACAGAAGUGAAUAUUCUCACUCCAGACAGUCCAGCACCUGUGGUUGAGUCCAGCGAUGAGGUUUACAAUGACCCUGAUGUCAUUGUCAAGCGAUCUCAUUCUCUUGUUGGUCCAUCAUCUCUUGUUAGCCAAUCUUUGCCAUUUAGCAAGCUUGCACUACAUGAGACUGAGAGCUCAUUGGAACUUUCAGAGUGCUCUUCCAAAGAAAAGCAAAUUUGUCAUGUGUCCCUUAGUGACGAUGAGCUUGAAGAUGUCAAAAAGGAGAAUGAGGGUGUUGGGCUUGAUGAUUUCGAAGUCUUGAAGCUUGUUGGCCAAGGUGCAUUUGGCAAAGUCUAUCAGGUGAGAAAGAAAGGUACUUCAGAAAUAUAUGCAAUGAAAGUUAUGAGGAAGGACAAGGUUGUGGAGAAGAAUCAUGCCGAGUACAUGAAAGCUGAGAGAGAUAUACUGACAAAAGUUGACCAUCCUUUUGUAGUGCAGCUGAGGUACUCGUUUCAGACUAAGUACCGACUUUACCUUGUCCUCGACUUCAUUAAUGGGGGUCAUCUCUUCUUCCAGCUUUACCAACAGGGUUUAUUUAGGUAUUUUGGUUUCAUAUAUUUCUACUCUGUGCCUGUCAAGUUGUUACUAGCCUUAAUAAGUACCUUGUCUUAUAGGGAGGAGCUUGCACGCAUCUAUACUGCUGAAAUUGUAUCUGCCGUAGCCCACCUCCAUGCCAAUGGUAUUAUGCAUAGAGAUUUGAAGCCUGAGAACAUCUUACUCGAUGCUGAUGGUCAUGCCAUGCUGACCGACUUUGGCGUGGCAAAGGAAUUUGAUGAAAACACUAGAUCAAACUCUAUGUGUGGUACUGUUGAGUACAUGGCCCCAGAAAUUGUUCAGGGCCGGGGUCAUGAUAAGGCUGCUGACUGGUGGAGUGUGGGCAUCCUUCUUUUUGAAAUGCUUACGGGCAAGCCACCGUUUGUUGGUGGAAACAGAGACAAGAUUCAGCAGAAGAUAGUGAAGGAGAAGAUAAAGCUGCCGACAUAUCUAUCGAGUGAAGUUCACUCUCUGUUGAAAGGAUUACUGCACAAAGAAGCUGGCAGACGGCUGGGAAGCGGGCCAGGUGGCAGUGAUGAAAUAAAGAACCACAAGUGGUUCAAGUCAAUCAACUGGAAGAGGCUGGAGGCCCGGCAGAUCCAGCCAAGCUUCCGCCCAAAUGUUGCUGGCAAGACCUGCAUCGCGAACUUCGACGAGUGCUGGACGAGCAUGCCCGUCCUGGACUCUCCAGUGGCCAGCCCAGUCGCAGCCAACAGCAACUUCGUAGGGUUCAGUUAUGUGAGGCCUGCCCCGUUCCUGCAAAAGCCAAGUCCUCUUGGCUGAGGAGCUACUUCCGUUAUCAGAGAAGAUAGAUCCUGGAGUUGGAAUAUAUUUUUUUUUUGAACAUGGAGUUGGAAUAUUUAUCUUGAGGUACCUGCGGGUACGAGUUUGCAUGUAGAUUUAUAUUUCUGGGAUUUUGUGGAAAACACUUUGUUCUAGACAUUAGUGAUGUAUGUGUAACCUUAUUGUUGUGUUAUGCUCGAGGACAACUGCUGGGCAAGUGACCUUGUGUAAUAAUUGCCAAAAUUUCUUACUGAAGUGUCAUAAUUAUUUGCAGCAGAUGUACAA